AGAUUGGCGUUAGAAAUUUCAGUUGACUCUCAUACCUCGUCCGAAUUUGUCGCAAUAAUGUCGACACGCUAUAUUUUACCCGUAUUUACCUGCCUUUUGGCACUAACUGCUAUUAGCAGCAGCAAUGCAGCGCCCAAUGGGCGUGUUGUUGGUGGUGCUGAUGCUGUUGUUGGGCAAUUCCCCCACCAAGUCUCACUACAACGUAGUGACGGUUCACACACCUGCGGUGGUUCCAUCAUUAGUGAAACAUUCAUUGUUACGGCGGCGCAUUGUGUUGUCGUUGGGGAGGGCAUUGAACCUUAUCCACCUCGAUUUUACCAAGUACGUGUGGGCAGUAUGCAACGCACAAUCGGUGGACAAUUAUUGAAAUUGAAACGCAUCAUCGUUAAUAAAGCUUACGCCGAUUUUCAGAAUGACAUAGCCCUCUUAGAAUUAGAGAAACCAAUAGUCUUCACCAAAAACAUACAACCCAUCGAAUUGGCCGAAGAAGAAGUGCCCUCGGGUGGUGAUGUUAUAAUCUCUGGUUGGGGACGUCUAUCCACCAACGGUCCGAUACCACAUCGCUUACAAUGGAACACAUUAAAAGCAUUGAAUGCGGAGGAGUGUGAGGAAGUACAUCACUUGGGUGCAUCUGUGAUCUGUUUGGGUCAUGAACCCGAUAAUGGUACUUGCUUUGGUGAUUCUGGUGGUCCGGCCACAUAUAAUGGUAAAUUAGUGGGAGUUGCCAGUUUCGUGGACGACGGCUGCGGUUCUGAUAUUCCAGAUGGUUAUGCUAAGGUGGCACACCUACGUGAAUGGAUUCGUGCUAAUUCGGGUGUAUGAAAUGUGACUGUGUGAGAAAUAUAAGUAAAUAGUCAUCUCUCAAAGAGAAACACAAAUUUAAGUAUUAAAUUGACAAAGAUAAAUACACAGAUUUAUUUUCUUAA